CUUUAUUGAAUACUACUUAUUCAUGUUAAAUUCUUAAAUGUGCUUGUAGCUAAAGUCACGUGUCGAGGAAUGUUAUGAAGAAGUAGAAACAGUUAGUAACAAGUAAAUUAAUAAUGCGACGUUAUUUAAUUAAUAUUUCUAAUGGACAUAAUUGUCCUAUUAUAAAUCGUAAUACAAAAAACAACGAGUUUAAACAGUUUCAAACAAGAAUCAUUCACACUAAACGAAUUGAUGCCGGUCUAACCUUACCAAAAAACAGUGAUAAAUGGAAUGAAAAUCAAGGAAAUAAUUUCAACCAAGAAAGUUACGCUAAAAUUUCAAAUUCAGUUUUAAAUUAUGUGUCUCAUAAGAGGCAAACUUGUACAGAACAAAAUGAUUUAUCUGGUAUACCUAAAAAUUUUGAACAAAGCUUCUAUGACACUUCAUGGUACAAGAUGAAGUAUAAUUAUCAGGAACAAAUGGAUAUUUCUGCAAAACAUAAAAAUAUAAAAGCAGAGAGUAACAAUGUGAAAGUAAAAACUGAGGGUGAUUCUAGGAUUAAUGAAAUUAAUCUACAAAUGCUUCCAAAAUCAUUGCAUCAGCAAAUAUUUAAGCAAUGCUUUAAACAAGAAGAAAUAUCAGAGGAAGAAAUAAAAGCUAUAAAACAUAAUUUAAGCUUAUAUGGAAUAAAGGUAGAAGAUGCAACCAGAUUACCGGAGGUAGAUAUCAAAUUACCUCCUUUGGAGGGAGACAAUAUAGAGGAUCACUUUUAUAAUAUUGGGAAUGCACAAAUUAAGCCAUACGUAGAUAUUAUAAAGCAGAUAUUCAUGGGAAAUAUUCCUGAAAUGCCAAAGCAAUGGAUAUUGCGUGAAGGAUGGACCAGAUAUACUUCUGAUGGCGUAGAAUUUGUAGAUUUUCCAUUGGAAGAUGGUAUUAUCUUUGAUGUAGAGGUAUGUAUGAAGGAAGGACCUUUACCAACACUUGCAACUGCAGUAACUACUAAAGCAUGGUAUGGUUGGGUGUCUAAAUCUUUAAUGGAUGGUUCAACUAGAAAUUUUGAAGAUAAACAGUUUACUAUGGAUGAUCUAAUUCCAAUGGAAAGUACAAGUGAAGAACAUGGAGAAAGAUUAAGUUCUUACCAUAAAAAACCAAAGCUUGUAAUAGGUCACAAUGUAUCAUUUGAUAGAAGUAAGAUUAAAGAACAAUAUUGGUUGAAAAAUACGGGAUUAAGAUUUAUAGAUACAAUGUCUCUGCAUAUAUCUGUAGGUGGGAUUAAUAGUUACCAAAGAUCAAUUAUAAAUUCUAAAAGUGAUACAGAAGAAAAAUCUGAUUUGCUCGUACAAACUUCAUUAAAUAGUUUAGCAGAUGUCCACAAAUUUUAUUGUGGUCAUACAAUAGACAAAGGUUCUAGAGAUGUAUUUGUAGAUGGAACCUUGAAAGAUAUUAAAGAAGAUUUUAAUUCUUUGAUGACUUAUUGUGCAAAAGACGUAAUUGCAACUUACAAUAUAUUGUCUCAUUUAUUUCCACUUUUCAUGAACAGAUUUCCACAUCCUGUUACAUUGGCAGGAAUGUUAGAGCUUAGUACAGCAUACUUGCCUAUAAAUUCAAAUUGGCAAAGAUAUUUAAAUGAGUCAGAAUCUGUGUUUGAAGAUCUGAAUUAUGAAACCAAGGUCAUUCUUGCAAAAAGAGCUAAUGCUGUUUGUGAACUUAUGCAUAAUGAAAAAUAUAAAGAAGAUUUAUGGAUGUGGAAUGAAGAUUGGAGCACACAAGAGCUAAAACUAAAAAAACAGUACUCAAAAGUGAAUAUAAGAGAAAAAUGUAAAGCACAGAACUCUGAAGAAAAGAAAGAGAAAUCUCUAAAUUCAUCAAAGGAUGAAAAUGAAGAAGAAGAAGAUCCUUUGGAGAAAGAAUUUGCCUAUUUGAAAGAAACAAGAAGAUUUUUACCUAAAAAAUUACCACACAUGCCAGGGUAUCCAGCAUGGUACAGAAAACUUUGCCCUAAAAUGGUGGAUGAAGAUUGGUUGCCAGGUCCUCAGAAUAUAAGUACAUCUAUGCAAAUUGCCCCAAAACUCUUGAAUUUGACAUGGGAACAUUAUCCUUUGCAUUAUAUUAAAGAAAAGGGUUGGGGUAUCUUAGUGCCAUAUAACAAUGAUUUAAGUAUUAAAACCAAAGUGCCUUUAAAGGAACUAUUAACUCAGUGUCCUUUGCCAAUAAUAGAAAGCUCAUCCAACGGAACCGAAUAUGCAAUGUUAAACCUCGACAAAGACGUCGAAAAUGAUUUGCACAAAACUGAGUUUUGGCGUAACAAAAAGAAGAAGCCUCGGGUUCAACUGGAUAAUAUUUAUAAAGGUAAUGCAAUUUGGUGCGACGUGAAUAUAGACGAUUGUUGUUACUUUCUGAAAUUGCCACAUAAAGACGGUACCAAUUGUAACGUUGGUAAUCCUUUAGCUAAAGAUUUUCUGAACAAGUUCUCCGAAAACGUGCUUGCUGGAUUGGACGAAAGUGCUGCAGAGAUAUUAAAGAACUCUAAAAUGGCUUCUUAUUGGAGAAAUAACAGGCAGAGAAUUAUGUCACAGUUUACAAUAUGGUUUGAAAAUCAUUAUUUACCAAAUACUAUUAAGAACACGAAAAAACUAAUAAAUUAUGGUGCAAUUUUACCAGUGGUAGUUGUUUGCGGAACGUUAACCAGGCGAGCGGUGGAACCUACGUGGAUGACUGCUUCCAAUUCUGACGAGGAACGGGUUGGUUCCGAGUUACGAGCCAUGAUUCAAGCUCCGCCCGGAUACAACAUCGUCGGAGCCGACGUGGACAGUCAAGAAUUGUGGAUUUCGUCGUUGAUAGGAGAUGCUCAUUACAAGAAAAUUCAUGGAGCUACGCCUUUCGGCUGGAUGACCCUAAUGGGCACCAAAUCCAACAAAACGGACAUGCACAGUGUCACCGCUAAAGCUGUAGGAAUAUCCAGGAGCCAGGCCAAAAUCAUCAACUAUGCCAGAAUCUACGGUGCCGGUCAAAAGUUUGCGGAAAGACUUCUGAAACAAUUCAAUCCUCGCAUGACAGAUGCAGAAGCUGCAUCCAAAUCUCGAAAAAUGUUUACUAUGACUAAAGGGAAGAAAACCUAUCAAUUGAAACCGCAUUUCGUUAACGAACUCGAGGACAAACAGUACACGUCCUACGAAGCAACUAAAAUAGCCAAGUUGCAUGGUAAAACUGUACAGGAAAUGUUUGAGAAAUAUAACUGGGAAGGUGGUUCGGAGUCAGCUAUGUUCAACAGACUGGAAGAAAUCGCCAAUAGUCCUUGUCCUGCCACACCGUUCUUGAAUUCCCGGUUGACACGUGCAUUGGAGGGCCAACCUAACAAUGACAAAUAUUUGCCGACCAAAGUGAACUGGGUAGUCCAAAGCGGAGCGGUUGAUUUUCUGCAUCUGAUGUUGGUUUCGAUGAAAUGGUUGAUGAAGGAUAAUGUCAGAUUUUGCCUAUCGUUUCACGACGAGGUGCGGUACCUAGUGCAGUCCCGUUACAAAUACAACGCCGCUCUUGCCAUGCACGUAACUAAUCUCCUGACACGGUCGUUCUGCGCUUCAAGAGUUGGCAUGAAAGAUCUUCCCAUGUCGGUUGCCUUCUUUUCUUCCGUAGAAGUAGACACUGUAUUGCGGAAAGAAUCUGAAAACGAUUGUAAAACACCGUCGAAUCCACACGGUUUGAAAAACGGAUACGAGAUUCCUGUUGGAGAAAGUCUCGACGUUUGGACCGCUAUAGAGAAGUCGAAAGGACGUAUACGACCAUUGAUUAAACAAGAGCAGUGGAAAAUCGUGCACAAACAGAAGAGUUAAUCAAAGUA